CAACGUAAGUUUGAAUCGAAAAUUAGAAAUUUCACCAAACAAAAGUCAAUUUUUAGUCAAAAUUCUAAAAAUAUUAGCUAAAGCAAGAGACUGUUAUCCAAUAGCUAAUUUGGGAUCCAACUGAAAAUGAGCAUCUCUCGGCUGACCCGGCUUGUUGUUCAGACCAAAAACCUAGCUCAAACCGAGCGAGUGGUCCAAAGGAGGUCGGCGACCACCACUCCCACUGGCGCAAUUCUUCCAGAGCCUGAGAAGCAGCCUUUUGGUCUGCUAGGUAUUAUAGCUGCCGUGGUUCCUGGCCUACUUGUCGGGGCUGCGAUUAGUAAAAAUAUAGCCAAUUUUCUAGAAGAAAAUGAAUUAUUUGUGCCAUCUGAUGAUGACGACGAUGAUGACUAAGUAGCAAGUUACUUACGAUAAUUAUAGGUAUAAGUUGGUGAUAAGUAAAAAUAAUUUUUGUUAUUAAUUACAUUUUAUUACAUAAAGUUUAUAAAACAUUCAACUUAGUUUGAGCUCCAUAGCUUUCAAAACUAAUUAUAAUCGUGAAUCAAUGAUAUUAUUAAUAUAUUAGGGCCAUAUUUGUAUCUAUUUAAAUAUUUACAUAGUUAAAUGUAAAACUUUUAAUGCAAUGUUUUCUAUAUACAGCAAAUAAACUUGUAAUUAGUCAUUAUUUAAAUGCAUUGCAAAAUGCAUCUCAAAGUAACCUGUACAAUGUCAAUCUGAGGUCCUAAAUAUGAUUCGAUUUCUGAAUUUUUCCCACAAAUAUAUAGUAAAGGAUGCAUUUGGUAUAAAUUGUCAUUAGUUAAAUUAUCAGGUCCUGAAUUAUUGGGUACUGGCAGGUAAGAGGUAAUUUAGAAGUUGCUAUUGGGAAAUUCUUAAAACAUUGCUGAUGGAGAUAUGCCACCCAUUUGACAUCUACAUCUUAUUCAGCGGGUAACAUGGCUACAAUAACUACAGGAGAGUUACAGAAAUUUAUAAUCUAGUCAAAUCAUUCUCAUUAUAAAUACAUACCACACUUGAAUGAAAGUUAUGAAUAAAUGACUUGAAAAAAUGGCUUA